AUGUGUGAUCGAAGAAAGGGGGACACAAAGUCGGUGCAGUCUCCGAGGUGCGCAAGGGUGGCAGAAGCAGCUGGUGGCCGCACUUGGAGCGAGCCGCGCGUCAAGUGGCAGGGCAACGCCUAUAGCGCACGAGGCUUGUGCAGGCAGCGGGCAGCGGGCAGCACACAGGCUGGCGCGUACAGGCUGGCACUUGGAGCGAGAAUGCCAAAAAUAAACAUUGUUGGAAAAGAGGAGGCUUCAGGAAGCCUUUAUGGGCAGCUUGUUCUUGGUGAAGGAGUUGCCUCCAGUUUGGAUGAACAACUUACCAAGGAAGUACAAAAGGCAGCUUCUGCAGAGAAACACAGGAUAGCAGAAGAGGUUGCAUCACUUCUAAAACUCAGUGUUGACAUUAACACGACAUCUAAAAGUUCCGAGAAGAUAAUAGCCACGCUGCGAGCUGGGGCCGAAUAUGUGGGAUGCGACGUGCAAAACUGCAUCCUUGUAGCGGGCAGCAAGCCCAACGUCAUCGCAGCCGAGCGCAUUGGCAUGCCGUGCAUAGUUGUCCGAAGCAGCCUAACUGCGAGAGCAGAAUUUCACUCCGCGAGGGCCGUCAUGGAUGGAUUCGGUGACACGGACCUGACAGUAUCGAAGCUACUGAGUAAGAGGUGGGCUUAAUACCGUCGCGAACUAGGCAUUGGAUGCGAGUUCCCUGCUAUCAGUCUGUAACCGACCGACUGCGUGAUGAUUUGAAACGCCGCUUGA